AUGUGUAUAUAUUUAUAAUUGUUUGUAGAAUACAUUCAGUCUAGGAUCGUUACUGCCCCCUCCGACACCAUACGUCGUGGUUGGUUGUCUGCCGUAGUACUUAAACUAAAAUGGCUGAGUGUAACACUACAUGGGCCUGUCAGAAGUGUAGCUUUGAGAACACGUCCUCUGCUAAGUGCUGUGAAGUAUGUGACACAGACGCCGACAUAGAGGUGGACAUAGAACCAAGUGAUGAUCCCACUAAAGAUAAUGGAUUCUCGGUGUGGAGGUGCAGGAACUGUACGUAUGACAACAACGUUACAAUUAGUCGGUGCGAGAUGUGCUCCCUCCCGAAAAAUGACAAACCUGACAACCCUCAACCCAUAGGCAGGGAGAAUGCUCUAGAAAACGAAACAAGGAUCAUCCUGAUUGGUCGUACAGGUUCUGGGAAAAGUUCCACUGGUAAUAACAUCCUUGGAGAACAAGUUUUUGAGUCUCAAGCUUCGUGUGGCUCUGUAACGACUCAUUGUCUGCGUGGAAAAAAAAGGCGCUUCAACAAACUUAUCCAGAUAGUAGAUACUCCAGGACUGUUUGAUACAGGGAUGGAUAAUGACACAGUGACAGAGGAGAUAUUGAAGUGUGUAGGAAUAACAGCCCCGGGGCCUCAUGCUAUCCUCCUCGUGGUCGGUAUCAAUCGCUUCACAGAGGAAGAACAUGAAACUGUCAGACUCCUCAAGAAGGCUUUUGGAGACAACAUGAUGAAGUACCUCAUCGUUGUUUUCACUCGGAAAGAUGAUCUGAACAGAGACGGGCGGGAUCUUGAUGAUCUAGUAAGAACAGCUCCGCAAACUUUGCAAAGAGUUUUAAGGAACUGUCAAAACCGAUGCAUCGCUUUCAAUAACCAUGCAGAUGAAGUAGAGAAUGAGCAACAAGUUCUGGAACUCUUCCGAUUGAUUGACGAAAUGGUUGCUGCUAACCAUGGCGAUUUCUACACAAGUCAAAUAUUUGAAAGGGCAGAGGAAGCUAUCAUGGAUAGGGAGAACGAGAUUGUGACUGAUCGCAGAAAUGAAGCAGAGAAAAGGAUGGAAAUAAUAAGAAGCCGAGUAUCGGAAGAAUGCCGCGAGAAGAUGGAUGCUGCUAAAAGGAGUGGGGAGCGCUAUACGAGAGAACUAGACGGGAUUCGUAGGCAGAGGGAAAAGCUAUCGCAUACCUUAAACUGGAAAGAAGGUAAUCGAAACGGGCUUGACGAUAGUGACGGAGAUAGUGAUGCUAUGCUUCGUUCGAAAAUUGAGGAGCUAGAACACAAAAUUCGAGCCGUUCAUAAGCAACAAAAGGUUAUAAAGGAAUCAACGGAGAUGACGCUUCGAGAGAGAGAAAAAGAAGUUAUGAACAUCCUGAAAGAACUAUCAGCUCCUGAAGUUGUCAGAGAAAAUGUCCGCGACGAAGUUCAAGGAGGAAGUCCUACUCUCAUGCGCAGGAUUUGGUUGAGGGUAACGGAGUUUGGUCAUCAGAUAGUUGGUGGUUUCAAAAGUAUUUUUGAUUUCAUCAGGAAGAAAGUCACAGGAAAGUGAAUCAAAUAAAAUCAUCAAACUUACUUUCAUACGAUUCUAGGGCCACACAAGAUAAAUUUGAUUCAUUAGAGUCGAUUUUAUGCACAUGUGAGAACACCAUGAAUAGAGCAGUUACAGUGUAGCUUUAGUAAGACUUUGCUAACAUUGAAGGUGCAAACGUAUCAUUGCUACUUAAACCAAAUUACUAGAUAUGUAAGCGUAUUUGAAUGUUAAUGAAAAUUAAUAAUAGCUUACUGCAUUUAAACAACUCUCAUGAAAUGUGUCAGUAGUAAUAUGUCAAGUGUAUUUCUGAGGUAAACUGAACAUUAUUUUAUGCAAUGUUCUGGUAUUUCUUAUAUAUUUGCAGUAUUCUUUGUCAGGAUUUUAUGUUUUUGUGCAAUUGUCUUCAUAAUUUAAAAUAAA